AUGUUGCUUUUAUCCGCCGUCUCGCUCCCCGAAAGUGAAGAGGAUCUGCUCGACGCGCAAUUGGAUAAUGAAGAAGAUGAACCGGUCACCGAAGUCCUACUAGCCGCUGCCCCAAGUGAACCAGCCUUUGAGCCAAGAAAACGCCCGAGGCGCUAUCGACCGCAGCCACCUUGUGCCGAACCCGACGAACCGCCAAGAAAAAAGGCAUACCGAGAGAAUGAUUCCAAGAAAUGUUCUACUCGAUAAUGGACGCCCUUGAUGAACAACGCAAACUGCAGCAACUGCUGGACAACAAAAUCGCAUCGAAGC